AUGCCGCAGUCAUCCCAGAAGAAGUUCAAAUGUGACACGUGCCAACGGCAUUUCAAUCGGCGCGAACACCUUCAGCGGCAUGAAAGCAUACAUUACAACCUCAAGCCAUUCCAUUGUGACCUUUGUCGCUACUCAUGUCGUCGAAGGGAUCUAUUAAAUCGCCACGUCAAACUUGCCCAUACGAACAAGGAAUCUCCGGAUAAUGACGGGAACCCAGCACCAUCCACAGAUGACACACAGGGUCCCUCGUAUGACCGCGGGCUGUCGACUGAUAAUUUACGUCCCUCAUCAGGGAUCCAGAGCGCCGGGGUGGGCCCCGAAAGCGCCUCAGGUCACGGUACAAGCAUUGUAGGAGAUGCACUUUCAACCCCCACUGUGUUUGGCCAGCCAGGGUUGAGUUCGAUAUCGCCGUAUCUAAAUGCAGCGGGUCCGGCUUUUAUGGACCCCGAGAGCAAUUCUCAAUCGUUUGGGCUUAAUUACCUGGAUAGCGUUUGCUUGCCUCCAUUCUUUGAACAACAACCCUUCUACCCGGAGCUUUCGAUUAUAGAUCCCCCGUCUAUAUCGCCUACUACAGCAGCCAGGAAACCGAUUGGCCAGGACCAGAUUGAUUUGAACAUAGAGCUACCAGCUGGAGACUUCCGUCCAAAGUCGCAGCCUGGUUCGGUUCCGGACCCAGGCCGCUCUCCUGUCCAUUUGGCGCCAUUCAUCCGAGUGUCUCAAGAGGAUUGGGAGUGGCUCAAUGCCCAGAUUUCGCGGUUUUCUUCGACUCGGUUGUUAUCCCCUGAACUACCUUCCAGACAUGCCAUAUCUCGCUAUAUGCACGGGUUCAUGAAUGGCUUUCACCCCCAUUUCCCAAUUCUUCAUCCGCAGACUCUUCGGCUCAGGGAGAUGGCACCUGAGCUCGUUCUGGCUCUUGCAGCUGUCGGCAGUCACUACUGCUUGGAAUCACAUCAAGGUCUGAAGCUGUUUCAUCUCGCCAGGGUAAUCGCUCUUGAGCAGAUACAACAGCGGGAAAGCGAUAGGGAAAGCGAACUGGAUAUUACUCAAGAUAACCACGCGCUCACAGAGUCCAUACAGACGUUGUUCUUCCUGAUGGCCAUGGCGACCUGGGGCGGGGAACAUCGCUCUCUAGUAAGACAUGCUAUUGCCACCCAGAGUGUGUUAUCAAUGCUCGUGCGCCAGCAUGGCCUUUCCGAGUCACCCGUGGUACCCAUGACAUGGCAAGAGUGGGCUCGAGCUGAGAGCGCCAGACGCACCAAACUCAUCGUCUUCUGCUUCUUUGAUCUUCAUACUAUAACAUUCAACCUGCCUUCACCUCUAAUGGUCGCGGAUAUUAAGCUUAGACUCCCAUGUUCGGAGAUGGAGUGGAAAGCCUCAGAUUCUAAUAGUUGGUUAGCAGUGAACGAGCGGUCUAAUCGUCCACCUCUUUUCAACGACUGCAUCGCUGCGUUGAUACAAGAUAUCGAUGCUAUGCCUGCUUGUUCGUCACUCGGGGGGCACGUCUUGAUUCAUGCUUUGCUCCAACGCAUCAUUUCUAUCCAACACUCCAUGCAACUGCAGGGCAUGGAAAACCAAAUGGUUCCCGGGAUGUCUGUUUCAUUACGGCGGGCUCUGCGCAAAUGGCAAAGUGCGUGGGAACAGAAUCCGGAAUCUUCAUAUAGCCCGCUAGAUAAGCAUGGUCCAGUUGCGUUUAAUUCAACCGCUCUCUUCCAUCUGGCAUAUAUCAGGUUGGCGGUUGAUGUUGGCCCGGCUCGUUCACUCCUGGAGCAGAAUCAUAUCCAAAUUGCUAAACGAUUGCAUGAGCAACCGACAUUACAGAGAGGCUCUUUACUACUGAUAGCUGCAAGACAUGCUACUGCAGCCCUAUGCUCACCAGUCCAAAUGGGCGUCCACUUCGUCGGCCGCGCACCCAGCUGGUCAGUAAUGCACGCCGUAUGCUCACUAGAAUACGCCUACGUCCUCAACCAAUUCAUCCAAGCCACGACACACACAAACCUGGAGUACCCUCUCGAAGCAGACGAACAAAACCUGCGCAUGGAAAUCAAAGAAACACUCCGCGAGGUGGAAUCAUCGAGCCCGAGAGGGAAUCCUAAUCUCAUUGACCGAGCACCGCAGUUGCUUGGGGCAAAGGUAGUGAGGGCUUGGGCGAUGAUUCUUGAGGGUAUGCAGACGUGGAAUGCGGUUAAUUUGAUUAGUAGGGCGUUGUUUGUGUAUGCGGAUUUGCUGGAGCCGAGAGGUCUUGGUGAGCAGGCUGGGGAUGGGACAUAG